GAGCCAUUCUGGUCUAGAAAUAGACCGCCCAGACCAGAAAAUAUGAGCCAGUGAGAUGUCUCGCAUUCUGUCCUGUGUCUGGUUGCUUUUAGCUGUCACAUUGGUGUUUCCGUCAACACCGACAAUUCGACCCGUUGGCUAGUUUAUUUUCAAAGAAACGGAAUAUAAAUACUUUACGCUAAUGUCAAAAGACAGUCGCCACGAUGGACGACGGCGUGGCGCAGGUCAGCACCGACUCGGCCCUAGAAUUGGACAAGGCGGAGACGGGAGGGAGAGGUCUGGCAGCAACAGUUCAGGAUCCUCGCAUGGAGGAGGCAAAAGCAGGAAUACUCCCAUAGCAGUUACAUUGAAGCGCUCAAACAGCCAAGACAAGGUGAGGAAGAUUGUUGCCGAGGAGGGUCGUGCUGCUCGAAAUCUCAUUGCCUGGAGUGUUCCUUUGGAAAACAAAGAGGAGGAAGGGAAGUCGAAGACUCAUACCAACAGCAAUUUGAGGAACCAAAGGAUCAACUCUGGACUGCAUAGGAAUAAGAAACAGUCCGUGCAGAAUGCAGGCCUGGAUAGCAAAAGCACAGCCGGGGCCUUGUUAGACAAGGGUGUAGAUAAGAGUCCCACCAAAGCCAGGCAGCCGCGCAAGGUGGACCUGCGAGCACGAUACUGGGCCUUCCUCUUUGACAACCUACGGCGGGCUGUGGACGAGAUCUAUGUCACCUGUGAAUCGGAUCAGAGUGUGGUGGAGUGCAAGGAGGUACUGAUGAUGUUGGACAACUAUGUUCGGGAUUUUAAAGCUCUCAUCGACUGGAUCCAACUUCAGGAGAAGUUAGAGAAAACUGAUGCGCAGAACAGACCCACAUCUUUAGCAUGGGAAGUGCGUAAGAUGUCCCCAGGUCGCCAUGUGAAGCCCAGCCCUUCUUCUGACAGGAUUGUCCCAUCUCCUACUGCUCGCCGCACCCUCAACUUUGGUGGUCUGUCCCACACCGGCCUCAGCUGGGCUGACAGGGUCAAAUCCUCCCAGUCCCUCCCUCUUCCCAGUCAAGUCAACACCUGUCCUGUAGAAAAACCAGGUAAGAAGGACUCAGAGGGCUGGGAGACAGUCCAACGUGGUCGUCCUGCACGGUCUCGUUCUGCCGCCAUGGUUGCCAAGGUCAGCCCAGUUCUGGUCCACGUCGCCCCUAAAGAAGACAGGGAGAACCAACCGCUUCCUGGCAGGCCCUGCAUAUUAGACAAAGACAAGAGUCACUGUGAACAGCCAAUCCCUGAGGAGCCUGUCCCCCUGGAGGAGCUGGACUCAGAGAAGGGCCAUGUGAUUGAGCCCCCAGCAGACUGUGUGCAAGACUCUGGGCAGUGUGUCGAAGCACACUGUGAGGACACGCCUCUCCCCAUACCAGACCCUACCUUUACCCAAGCCACAGACCCUACCCCAUCAUCAGUCCCAGUCCUAACCCCACCAGACCCUUCCCUAGCCCCCCCUCCGCCCCUAGACCAAGCCCCGACAGACGGGCCCAGUGCUUUGGGGGACAAGGGGGCUGCGGGGGGCGUGUCACAUGGCAUGGCAACAUCUGCUCCAGGACAGGCUGAGAGUCCCAUGGCAGCGGUGAAACUGGAGAGUGUGCCGGACCCCACAGAGCUUUCCACUCCCCAGUCCAUGGCAGAGGUCCUGGCAAAGAAGGAGGAGCUUGCUGACCGUCUGGAGAAAGCCAAUGAGGAGGCUAUCGCCAGUGCCAUCGCUGAAGAGGAACAGCUGACCAGAGAGAUUCAGGCUGAGAACAACAACCUGGAGACUGACAAUGAGUGUGAAUUCUCUGCAAGUAUUGGCAGUGGAGUUGGACUCAACAUGGAUUGGAGUGACAUGUUAGCCGACUAUGACGACUCCUCUUUCUCUGCAGCACGGGAGCCCUGGCGACAGAGCACCUCCUGGGGGGACAUUGUGGAGGAGGAGCCUUCAAGACCCCCUGGCCAUGGAAUCCACAUGCACGAGAAACUGUCCUCACCUUCUCGCAAAAGGACCAUUGCAGAGUCCAAGAAGAAACACGAAGAGAAGCAGCUGAAGGCCCAGCAGCUCCGAGACAAACUACGGGAUGAGAAGACCCACAAACUGCAGAAGCUCCUAGAGAGGGAGAAGGAGGUGAGGAAGUGGAAGGAGGAGUUGCUGGACCAGCGGAGAAGGAUGAUGGAGGAGAAGUUAGUCCAUGCAGAGUUCAAGCGGGAGCUGCAGCUCCAGGCUAUAGUAAAAAAGGCUCAGGAAGAGGAGGCCAAGGUAAAUGAGAUAGCAUUCAUCAACACUCUGGAGGCCCAGAAUAAGAGGCACGACGUGCUGGCAAAGCUGAAUGAAUAUGAGCAGCGUCUCAACGAGCUGCAGGAGGAGAGAGGUCGGAGACAGGAGGAGAAGCAGGCCAGAGACGAGGCUGUGCAGGAGCGUAAGCGUGCUCUGGAAGCAGAGCGUCAGGCACGGGUAGAGGAGCUGCUGAUGAGGAGGAAGGAGCAGGAGGCACGCAUCGAGCAGCAGAAGCAAGAGAAGGAGAGGGCCAGGGAGGAUGCGGCACGGGAAAGGGCCAGAGACCGCGAGGAGCGUCUGGCAGCCCUUAGUGCUGCUCAACAGGAGGCCAUGGAGGAGCUCCAGAAGAAGAUCCAGAUGAAGCAUGAUGAAAGCAGUCGCCGGCACAUGGAGCAGAUUGAGCAGAGGAAGGAGAAGGCUGCAGAGCUCAGCAGUGGCCGGCAUGCCAACACCGACUACGCCCCCAAACUGACACCUUACGAGCGCAAGAAACAGUGCUCCUUGUGCAACGUUGUGAUUACCACGGAGGUGCACCUGUACAGCCACACCAAGGGCAAGAGGCACCAGCAGGCCGUGAGAGACAGCAGCAGCAUCCAGGGACGGGAGCUGUCUGAUGAGGAAGUGGAGCACCUUUCUUUAAAGAAGUACAUCGUGGACAUCAUAACGGACAGCUCUGUUUCCUCUGAGAGUGUGAAGGACGGAGAGGAGAGGCAGAAGGCACGCAAGAAGGCGAAGAAGCUCCGCGGACGAAUGAACUCCAGGGCAAAGGAGUAUGAGAUGUCAAUGGAGGCAAAGACACAAGUCCCUGACUCCACAUAUAAGGCCAAGCUCCAGCGUCUCGUGAAGGAUUUGGUGAAGCAGCUCCAGGGCCAGGACAGUGGUCAGUGGGCCAACAACCGCGUGUCUGGCUUGGACAGAACCCUCGGAGAGAUCUCCCGUAUCCUGGAGAAACAGAACAAUGCAGAUCAAGUGGCGUUCCAGGUGGGAGGGGGUCUCUCUGCUCUGGAACAGAUUCUGCAGGUUGUCACUGCAGCCUCCAGUCCCACUGCAGUCCCUCGCAUUCCACUUAAGUCCCUGUGUGCUGCUGUGAACACCUACUAUCUGGCGUGCUCUCACUGCCACCUCAACUGCUCAUACGUUCUCUUCAGCAACAAGAUAGCCUUCCUCAUGGAUCUGCUGUUGCAUCAGCUUACACUUUUUGUCCCAGAUGAAGACAAGUCCAUUUUUGGUCGUGGUGUGAACAAGCAGGUGUUUGAGGGACUGACUACCGGCCUGCUGCAGACCACUGCUGCUGUCCUGAGAUUCCUCCGUCCCCUUGACCCUGAGGGAGACCUUGGAGAAGUGCCUCGUAUCCUGUCCCCAGACGGCAAGAGCAAGAGCACCCCCAUGGAGCCCUUCAACACACGUGCCCAGGAUCUCAUCAGCUACGUGGUGAACAUGGGUCUAAUUGACAAGCUGUACAGCUGCUUCCUGUCAGUCCAAGGCCCGGUGGACGAGUGCCCCAAGAUGUCCGCCUUCCUCCAGCAGGCCACCGCCGUCCUGCACGCCAUGUGUAAGCUCUGCUUCGCCGUGACCGGCCGCUCUCCCAGUAUUUUCGACAACAAGCGCACAGACCCCACGGGGUUGACAGCCCUGCUGCAGUCCACAGACCUGGUGGGUGUGGUGCACACCCUGUACUGCAUCCUGCUACACAGCUCCUCCCUGCCUGAGCCAGCUGCCCAGAGCCCACAGGAGCCCUACGCUCCAGGGGUCAUCCAGGUGGCCCUGCAGGGCCUCCGCUUCCUCAACAGCUUCGCCCUGCUCGACCUGUCCGCCUUUCAGACCGUUCUAGGUGCAGAGGGGCUGUCCCUUGCCUUCCGCCACAUCGUCAGCUCUCUGCUGUGGUACUGCUCCCAGCACUCCUCUGACGAGCUGCUGCACGAGGUCAUCAUCUGUGUGGGCUACUUCACGGUCAACCACCCCGACAACCAGGUGAUUGUGCAGUCUGGCCGCCAACCCAGCGUUCUGCAGAAACUGUGUCAGCUGCCCUUCCAGUACUUCAGCCACCCGCGUCUCAUCAAAGUGCUCUUCCCCUCCCUAAUCUCAGCCUGCUACAACAACCCACAGAACAAGGUUAUCCUGCAGCAGGAGAUGAGCUGUGUGCUGCUUGCCACUUUCAUACAGGACUGUGGCUCAAGUGAAAAUCAUCCUGACAACAGAAUGCAACAAAGAGUUUCUCAGCCACUGGAUUACUGUGAGCUCUCCAACCGCUUUCCUAGAGACCAGUGGGACUCAGCACUGCAGUUCUUUCUGAAGAUGCAAGAUGACUAAUUUAGAGUUUUACACUUUCCUGUAACACACACAAACUAAAAAACACACUAAAAACUUUAGAGUCAGACAUUUUACCCCACCAAAACUUGAAAUUCUAGAAUUCAAGGGCUGGAUCCUAUGAGAUGUUUGCGUAACUCUUUCAUCAAUGUCCAUGGGAGAUUUGCACAAGAAUUUGACUUGGAUGUGUAUUCUUCCCUGAGUCACGCACAAUAUUCUGUUCCUUGUCCAACCCAGUCGUAUGUUUUUGUGUUGUUUCUAAAAGAGCAGAUAUAAUUAGAAGCACUCUUAUAAUGGUUAGAUCACGUAACAUGUUUUUCAAUAGUACUGUAGUUCCUGUUAAUUACUUUAUUAUUUUCAUAUAUGGUUAAGAUGUGAAUGACCUGACCCAACCAGAAUGUUUUACCCUAUAGUUAUUUUACAGGUUUUUGGGCAGUUUUGUACUCAAGUAUUUAAUUUACAUAGCCUGUAUGUGAUCUGUUCUGUACAUUUGGAGUUGCAACAAAUAGCUCUCCUGUUUAAGUACAAAGGUUUUCCUGUGUUAUUUCCAUUUUGUUGUGAAGCCUUUAAAAAAGUAUAUAAUUUAUUUAAUAAUUUACAUUUCUAUCC